AUGUCCCAUCUGACCGAGAGAGGAAGAGGGUUUAUUGAAAUGAUUCUCGAGAACACGUGCAUCUUGCUCCACGGCGAUGGCGCCCUGGCGCUGGAGCGCUCCAGGAUCAGCAGCGGCGACAUGGAAUCCGGCUCGGUGCUGCUGCGGAUGAUCGCGGCCGAGGUAUGUGGCACUGACGUUCAUCUCAAGCAUCGCCGCCUUGAUACCGUGCCCUAUCCGAUCAUCCCCGGGCAUGUUGCUGUGGGGCGAGUCGUGGCCAUGGUUGGCUCGGUCAGGGACGUGGAUGGAAUGCAGAUAGAAGAGGGAGCAGUGGUCACUUACUUGGACGUGAUCGACACUUGCAAUUCUUGCGUUUCAUGCCUGGUGGACAAAGAAUCCACUCGCUGUCCGAAAAGACGUGUCCUGGGAAUCACUUGCCGUGCGGAUCCUCGCGACGUAAAAGGCCUGUUAGGUGGCUGGUCUUCUCACAUUUAUCUUCCUCCCAAUACCAAAAUCAUACGUUUGCCAGAAGUUCUUCCUCCUCGGGUCUUCAUGGCUGGAGGAUGCGGGCUGCCGACUGCUUUGCAUGCGAUCGAGCGAGCUGGUAUCAAGCUCAUGGACCGUGUUCUAGUCCAAGGAUCCGGCCCUGUUGGCUUGCUGGCAGCUCUCCUGGCACGUCUGAGUGGAGCACUCCAGGUGAUCGUGACGGGGGCUCCGGAACAUCGCUUGGAAGUAGUGAAGAGAUUCGGGAUUGACUCUACAGUAAACAUCGAGAAAGCGGCACCAAGUGAGAGAGUGGCUAUAGUGCGGGAUUUGACAAACGGCCGAAUGGCGGACGUGGUGAUUGAAGUGACCGGACGGCCCGAGGCCAUUCCCGAGGGGAUGAGCUUCUGCCGAGACGGUGGGACUUACGUUGUGGUGGGGCAGUACACGAACAACGGAGACGCUGUCGUCAAUCCCCAUCACCUCAUCAACAGGAAGCAUCUCACGGUGAAAGGGUGCUGGGGGUCGGACUUUAGCCACUUUUACAAGGGAGUCCAGCUCAUGGCCAAGCACGUCGAUCUGCCUUGGGACUCGGUCAUCUCCCAGACGGUGAGGCUUGGGGAUGUGGAGAAGGCGCUCCUACAGGUGGAGAAGCUGGGCAUUUUCAAGGCGCUGGUUGAGGAGCCCGAGGCCGAGAAGGCGUCGUGAUCGCGUUAUUGAUGACAGAGGCCUCCUCGCUCGGGGACACGAUCUGACAGGAGGAACCCAUCGACUUGGAAGUCACGGUAAAGAAAAGCUUGACUUUGAUGGGAGAAUCGCUCUCGUCGUAUUCACAGCUCUCGUGGUGGCACUGUUAUGGAUUGGCGAGAUCUUCCUCGGAGUGGAACUCUUAAAUUUUAUCUUCAAGUGCCACGUCACUAUAGUAUAUACUAAUGCCACGUCACCCGCUAAA